AACGAAAUACGUGAUAAAGUCGUGGUAAAGAAUGAGAUGGUCAUUUAACAAAAAAAAAGACUAUGUUCAGCCCUAUUUAACGUUCAUAGUAAAGUUUAUGCAAUUAACAUAAUCGAAUCUGCUACUCUAAAAACGGAAGCUACUGGUUGCUCGGUUGGUGAAUUAGACGUUUGACGUUUCAGAUCACCGCUUUCGCUCCACUAGCUAGCUAUUCAUACAGCGGACUAUUUGUCCACUCAUGCACUAGGCCCUAUGUUAAACUAUUUGACAACCGCCUCCAGAUUAUUUCUCCGAAACACCGUGCCCAUCUCGUCGAGGGGUAACUACAACAUCAUUUGUCGGUUUUACAGGAGAAUGGAUCGAGCCGUGGUAAGAUGUGUCCCGUGGGAAUCCAAACUCACUAUUUCCUUCGUCCUUGAUGGGAGCAACAAACACAUGCUCAGGGACCAGACCGAGGAGCUAGGCAAAGCACUGGCACGGAUCGCUAACAGUAUCAUCAAGGGCCAGGGCAAAGCUAAAAAAUACAAGAAAAACAAAGGCGCGCCCACAGACGCCCAGGAGCCCGCUGCAGCGGUGAGGCUGUACUACAACGGAGACUUUGUGGCAGAGGAUGCUCUAAACUCCGAUGCCUGGCAGGAUGGGGCAGUUUUACACGUGGGUGACCGUAAGUACACAGUGGAGAGGAACCCUCCCACAUUCACCACGGCAGAGCUGCCCGCUUCUCUACUGGCCGGGUUCCCCGUGUGCCCGAAGCUCAAGGUAGAAUUCGGGGAUUUAAAAGACUGUCGGUUUAAAUGGUUCAAGGAGAGCAAGUCCGGUGCAGGUGAUGAGGAGCAUCGAGGAGAGAAUGGUUGGACCGAGGCCGGGAGCGAACGAGUGUUCAUCCCGUCAAAUAUGGACAUUGGCUCCAAGCUUAAACUGACAUGCACGCCGGGUGACGGCAAACGGUGUGGGAUGGACAAUGAGUUAGUAACCACCGGUACAGUCGAGGCAGGGCCCGGUUCCUGUACCUUUGACAACAGACACAUGUACACCAACAAGGUCACAGAUGACAUGACCGUCAGAGUAGUGUCAUACAACAUCUUAGCUGACGUUUACGCACAAACAGACCUCUCCAAAACCGUCCUGUACCCUUAUUGUACUCCCUACGCAUUGGAACUGGACUACAGACAAAGUCUGAUAAAAAAAGAGCUGUCCGGCUAUAAUGCUGACAUCAUCUGCCUUCAGGAAGUGGAUAAGAACGUGUUCACCGACAGUCUGUCUCCGGCCCUGGAUGCGUUCGGCUUCGACGGGGUCUUCAGGAUUAAGGAGAAGCAGCACGAAGGUUUGGCCACCUACUACAGGAGGUCAAAGUUUAAACUGCUCAGUCAACACGACAUCAUGCUGAGUGAAGCUCUGACGUCAGACCCUAUCCACGAAGAACUGUCGGACAGAGUGAACAGCAACCCUGCCUUGAAGGAGAAGGUGAUGCAGAGAUCUACCACACUACAGGUGAGUGUCCUUCACUGUCUGAACGAUCCAUCCAAGGAGAUCUGUGUUGCCAACACCCACCUCUACUGGCAUCCCAAAGGUGGGAAUGUACGUCUGGUCCAGAUGGCAGUAGCUCUGAAACAGCUGCAGCAGGUGAUCACCCAGAGUUACCCCGACGCCUCGCUCCUCUUCUGCGGGGACUUCAACAGCACCCCGUCCUCGGGGGUCUUCCAGCUGGUGAGCCAGGGGGUUCUGCACAGCACCCACCCGGACUGGAGCUCCAACGGACCGGACGAGCUCUGUCCCAUGGAGGUCUCCAACCCCUUCCAGCUGAGUAGCGCCUGCGGGGAGCCGGCCUAUACUAACUACGUAGGGGGCUUCCACGGCUGCCUGGACUAUAUCUUCAUGGACCCGCGGGUGCUGCAGGUAGAUCAGAUGAUCCCUCUGCCCAGCCACCAGGAGGUCACUACCUGUCAGGCCCUCCCCAGCGUCUCACACCCCUCUGACCACAUAGCGCUGGUCUGUGACCUCAAGUGGAAGUAAAGCUCUCCCUCCUGUUUACAGCAGUCUGUGGCUGAUCAACCAUGUCUGUUUCUAAACCAUGUCUGUCUCUGUACCCGGGCCCCUACAGUGUGUCUCUGUACCAUGUCUGUCUCUGUACCAGGGCCCCUACAGUGUGUCUCUGUACCAGGGCCCCUACAGUGUGUCUCUGUACCAGGGCCCCUACAGUGUGUCUCUGUACCAGGGCCCCUACAGUGUGUUUCAGGGUUCUGACCAACGAGUACUUCUCUUGUUUAAAUAAAAAUUAUCAGUCUGGGAACUGAAAAAGCAGUGAGCAGCCUCCCUGAGACCAGGGCCCAUAUCCAUAAAGCUUCUCGGAGUAGGACCGCUGAUCUAGGAUCAGGUCAUAAAGCUUCUCAGAGUAGGACCGCUGAUCUAGGUUUUCCCAUUUUAGAGCAUUCUGAUUAUAUACUGUAUGGACAGGGGGGAGCUGAUCCUGGAUCUGUAGUCCUACUGCCGAGAUGCUUUCUGAAUACUUGCCCAGUGCUGAGAAACUGACCAGGCCCCCCCCCGAGAUGCUUUCUGAAUACUU